GAAGCUUUUAUAUUUUGUUUGCAGGUCUUGAAGUACAGAAAAUUUGCUGUAAGUGAAACAAAUAUUGGUAGAAGAAAUGGCUUCCAAUGCCACCGUAUGUCCAGCUCCCAUAGCUGCUACUUCUAAUGGGGUCUUCCAAGGGAAUAAUCCUCUAGACUAUUCAUUACCUCUCGUCAUUCUACAGAUUUGCCUUGUUAUCACUGUUUCACGCACACUUGCUUAUUUCCUCGGACCCCUCAGACAACCUCGUGUCAUUGCUGAAAUCAUUGGAGGAGUAUUGCUUGGGCCAUCAGCACUGGGUCGUAAUAUGAGCUAUUUGAAUUCAGUUUUCCCUUCGAGUAGCCUCACAAUCCUAGACACUCUGGCCAACCUUGGACUUAUGUUCUUUCUCUUCCUAGUAGGGGUAGAAUUGGAUCCAAAGUCUCUCAGAAAGACUGGAAAGAAAGCCCUUGCCAUCGCCGCCGCCGGAAUUAUCUUCCCCUUUGCAUUAGGGAUAGGUUCAUCCUUUGUCCUCCUACAAACUAUCUCCAAGGGAAUAAAUACACUUCCCUUUGUUGUCUUUAUGGGUGUAUCCCUUUCUAUAACUGCCUUCCCUGUCUUGGCUCGCAUCCUUGCUGAACUUAAGCUCCUCACAACUGAUGUGGGCCGAAUGGCAGUAUCAGCUGCUGCAAUUAACGAUGUAGUUGCUUGGAUCUUGUUAGCCCUUGCUAUUGCUCUCUCCACCACUGGCCAUUCUCCUAUAAUUGCUGUGUGGGUUCUUCUCUCUGGUUGCGGUUUCCUUAUCUGCGCCAUUCUUAUACUUCCUCCACUCUUUAAAUGGAUGGCAAGGCGUUGCCAAGAAGGUGAACCUGUGGAUGAGUUAUACAUAUGUGCCACCUUAGCUCUUGUAUUAGCAGCUGGGUUUAUCACAGAUGCUAUAGGGAUCCAUUGCCUCUUUGGGGCUUUUGUGGUUGGGUUUCUAGUCCCCAAGGAUGGACCCUUUGCAAGUGCUCUUGUGGAGAAAGUGGAAGAUUUUGCAUCUAGUCUCUUCCUUCCUCUGUUUUUUGUCUCCAGUGGAUUGAAAACAAAUGUGGCCACGAUUCAAGGGGCUCAAUCAUGGGCUCUCCUAGUCUUGGUCAUUGUCACUGCUUGUGCUGGGAAAAUUGUGGGUACUAUUGUAGUCUCCCUCCUCUGUAGGGUACCUUGGCGUGAGGCUGUUGCACUGGGUGUCUUAAUGAACAGUAAAGGAUUGAUAGAGCUCAUCGUCCUCAACAUCGGUAGGCAGAGACAGGUGUUAAAUGAGCAGACCUUUACCAUCAUGGUUUUGAUGGCUCUCUUCACAACAUUUAUCACCACACCUCUUCUUGUUGCGGUGUAUAAGCCUGCAAGAAGGGCCACCAUGAAUGAUUAUAAGCACAGAACAAUAGAGAGGAAGAAAAACUCAAGUACUCAGUUUCGGAUUUUAACUUGUUUUCAUAGUAGCAUUAACAUACCAACUUUGAUAAAUCUCAUUGAAGUCUCUCGUGGAACUGAUCGGCAGCAAGGUCUAUGCGUCUAUUCUAUGCACCUCAAGGAGCUCUCAGAGAGACCCUCUGCAAUUCUCGUGGUAAACAAGGCAAGGAAGAAUGGGCUGCCUUUCUGGAACAAGGGGCAACGACAGGUGAACUCGGAUCACGUUGUGAUCGCCUUUGAGGCAUUUCAACAACUAAGUCGUGUGUCUAUAAGACCCAUGACAGCUAUCUCUUCAAUGUCUACUAUCCAUGAAGACAUCUGCACUAGUGCUGAAAACAAGAGAGUGGCUAUGAUCAUACUCCCUUUCCACAAGCACCAAAGAGUGGAUGGUUCAAUGGAAACGACAAGAAAUGAUUUCAGAUGGGUCAAUCAAAGAGUUCUUGAACACGCGAGAUGCUCAGUUGGGAUACUCGUUGAUCGUGGCUUCGGUGGAACUACCCAUGUCUCUGCUAGCGAAGUUUCUUCAUCCAUUAUUGUCUUGUUCUUCGGAGGGUGUGAUGAUCGUGAGGCACUUGCAUAUGGAGCACGCAUGGCUGAACACCCUGGUAUCAGUCUCACAGUGCUUCGCUUCUUGAUGGAAUCUGAGCCAGAAGUCGUUGGAAUCGAAAAGAUUGAGAAGUUGGACAGUGGGAAUUGCUCAAAAGAUGAUGAGUACUUGGCUGAAUUCCAACAGAAGAUCCAAACUGAAAACUCAAUCAAGUAUGAAGUGAAAAUGGUUAGAAAUGCAGCAGAAGCCAUUGCCAUGAUUAGGGAGUUGAGUCGUUCUGAUCUGUUUGUGGUGGGGCGAAAGCCGGAGGGAAAGGUUGCAGAGAUUUUGGAUGUUAAGAGUGACAUUCCUGAAUUAGGACCAACUGGAAGUCUAUUGGCAUCAUCAGAUUUCUCAACUACAGCAACAGCAUUGAUUGUACAACAGUAUCACAGCUUGACAUCUUCGGAUUCACCAGUAAUCUCCAUUUAGCCUUUAGGGAAGGGAGGAUCAUUUGUAAGUCA